AGAAAACCAGUUGAAGGCAAGGCACCCAGAAUUGGUUGAAUGGUUUAGAAUGGUGGAACUGCCACAUAUAGCGGGAUUUUUCAUUCCAUUGUUGAAGAAGUGGUCUAUGGAAUAUGCUGGAAGUGGUGUUGCAGGGAGUAUUCUGGCUAUAAGCUGCUGUGGUGGUAGCCUUUUCAUUUACCCCAAGUUUUCUUCACGCUCUGUGUAUCAACGUUUCAUGGAGGAAAUAGCAGGAGAUGAUCUUCAAAUAGAAGCAUUGCCAGUUGGAUCUAUUGCUUCCGACUCCGCCGUAACUGCACUGUUAUACUGGCAAGGAAAGAUUUUUGUUGGCUGUGUUGAUAGAAUUAUCAAGGUGUAUUCUGGGCAGUGAUGGAAGCAUCACUUAAGAAGAUGUCAACCAAACUCAAUACGUUGGCGAAGCUGCUAAGGGUGAUGGGUCCAUUGCUGAGAUGAAAACGGGGGAAGGAAAAACCUUGGUUUCCACAUUAGCAGCCUCUCUCAAUGCCCUCACUGGUGAGGGUGUUCAUGGUAUGUGUUCCGUCCUAACUUGUUU